ACAGUUAGACACAUAUCUCCCUUGGAAAAAGAAAAAAUCACCUACCCUGUCUACCUGCGGACAAUCUUUGGCCUUGCCUUAUCUUUUUAAAAUCUCGUACCCCUCUUUUUCUUGUUAUGACUUCUGCUGCAACAAUUCUUCCAUUUCAAUUACUAAACCCUAAAUGCAGUACCAAACCCACUUCAUUUGGGCCAACCCCAUGUUUUUUCCUGCCUUCUAAACCCUUAAAAACCAUAGCUUUUUCCAAGAUUUCAUCAUGGGCCUGUCACAAAAACAAGAUUUCACCUUUAAAAAUAGUCGCUAAAACUUCAGAUUGGUCACAACAAGUGACACAAGAAGAAGAAGAAGCUGUAGAUGCAAGUAAUGAAGUAGAAGUAGAAGGAGAAGAAGAAACAUAUUCAGAGCCACCAGAAGAUGCAAAGAUUUUUGUGGGUAAUUUGCCUUAUGACUUUGACAGUGAAAAUUUGGCCCAGCUUUUUAAUACUGCUGGAACUGUUGAUAUUGCUGAGGUGAUAUAUAAUAGAGAUACUGAACAAAGUAGAGGGUUUGGGUUUGUGACAAUGAGUACAGUGGAAGAAGCGGAUAAAGCUGUGGAGAAGUUCAAUGGAUAUGAUGUAAGUGGAAGACUUCUAACUGUAAAUAAAGCCUCGCCACGAGGUUCACAGCCGGAAAGACGAGUAGUAGCUACUUCUUACAAGAUAUAUGUGGGUAAUCUGUCAUGGCAAGUGGACAAUGGUCGACUACAGCAGGCGUUCAAUGAACAUGGGAAAGUGGUCGAUGCAAGGGUCAUCUAUGAUCGUGAAAGUGGGCGUUCACGUGGGUUUGGCUUUGUAACAAUGGCAAGUGAGGCAGAAAUGAACGAUGCUAUUGCUGCUCUUGAUGGACAGGAUUUGGAUGGGAGGGCAAUGAAAGUUAACGUAGCAGAGGACCGUCCCAAGCGUAACUUCUUUUAAUUUUGAGUAGAGGACAAUUGGGUGAAGGUUGCAGAGGAGCUUUGUUACCUUUCAUUUUUGAAUCAUAGUAGAUUCUUUUAUGUUAACUAGAGUUAUUGUGCUAUAUGUUACGAGUUGAUGUACUGUUUCCACAAAUUUAAAGGCCAGUUUUUUUCUUUUGUGCUAUAUGUUACCGAGUUGAUAUGCUGUUUCCACUAAUUAAAGGCCAGUUUUUUUUUCUUUUUC